AUGCACAGCCUUCUCAUCUCUGCUGUAUGCGAAGAAAUACAACCAACAGUCAUCUCCGCCGAAAAUGAAUUCCACGCAUGGAAGGCGCUCAAAGAUCUCUACGAUCUUGUCUCACCCAACACCACGAUCACCCUCCUCAGCCGCGUCCUAGACACGAAGAUGCAAGAAGGUGGAUCACUGACCGAGCAUCUCGCAACCUUCGAUGCGAACUGGAAUACUGUCAAUUCCAGAUGCCAAAGCGCAGACCACAAACUCACUGAGGCUCUCCUACCCCUCAUCAAAUCCGACGAAGCCAUGGCGGCAUUCCUCCUAAGCUCGCUACCCAAAUCGAUGAGCAACAACCUGGAUGAGGUAGCGCCUCAAAUAGGGAACAAAGCGCUCCAUACCAGGAGUACCACAAGCGACAAGGAAUGCACCUGGUUCAAGAAAAGGGAACAGCCUUACAAAGGCCACGAGUACACGGAGUGCAGAAAGCUCAAAGAACAGAACAAGAACAGGAAGGGAAGGAGAAAGGACAACUCGGCAUCGGUUGUAGUAAAUGACUCUACAACCACUAUCUGUAUGGUACGCCACGACAUCUACCAACCCCUUACUUGGAUCCUUGAUUCUAGAGCAACCUCUCACAUCACACCCUUCCAAGUCCAACUCAUCAACAUCCGACCUCACACCGGCAACGUCCGAACAGCUGAUGGAACCAACCACGCUGUCACCGGAAUGGGAAGUGUUAGUUUCAGCUGCCAUCUUCCCGAUGGAAGUAGAUCUUACAUUCUCCUCACCGAUGUGCUGUUGGUCCCAACCUUGGAAAAUGUGAGAUUGGUCUCCGAAACCGUGCUCGACAAAAAGGGAUUUAGAACGGAGUCAGGAGGAGGAAGCAAGUUGGUUACAAAAGAAAAGAAAGGAAUAAUCUGUGCAAAAUUGGAGAAGGGACUUUGGAAUGUACAAGUAGUUAGCAAUACAGUUCGUUUGACCACUUACGAUGAAUGGCAUCAGGCGUUAGGCCACCCUGCGACACUAGAAAACUUGUAUCACGACAUUCAAAGGCAGCCUCCCAAACCAGAAACUCUAUCUGGAAAGUUUAGUAUACAGUCACAAGAGAAAGCUCAGUACUAUAUGUCCUUCAUCGAUGAUUACACCCGCUUCGCAUGGAUAUAUCUCCUGAAACAGAAAGAAGACGCAAAGAAUGCCAUCAAGGACUACGUUACCAGAAUCGAGAAACAGUAUAGUACAACAAUACUGAGAUUCAGAACGGAUGGUGGCGGUGAAUACAUCAAUAAGGACAUAACGAACUACUUCGAGACACAAGGAAUAGUUCAUGAACAGACUCCCCCAUACACUCCCGAAUCUAAUGGAGUUGCAGAACGAUUCAACAGGACGGUAACCACAAUAGUCAGGUGCAUGAUCAUGGACCAUCCUAAGUCGUUAUGGGGAGAAGUAUACGCAACAGCUGUCUACCACAAAAACAGGCUACCUCACAGUACGCUUAAGGCAAAGACCCCCUUUGAAGCCCUGAAAGGAACCAAGCCAAGUAUACAACACCUUCAACCAUUCGGCAAAAAAUGCUAUGUCCACAUCCCAGAAAACUCUAGGCCAGCAGGAAGCAAACUAGCACCCCGAGCAUAUGAAGGAAUCAUAGUUGGAUACUCAGACAGUAGUAAAAUAUACCGUAUCUGGAUAGGAACACAACAUAGGGUAAUUGAAAGUCGGGACGUCACAUUCCCCCCUCCUGAAUCAGGGAAAGUCUCAGUGGAACUCGAGUUCAUCCCCAGCCUGAAACCAGAUACGGCAAAUGCACCAUCAGACGACGGAUACGAAUCAGAAGACAGGUCUGAUCCAGAACCUGAAUCGUCAGCAAUCGAAGAAAACCUGAAGGAAGACCAAGUAGACUGGAAGUUGGGUUGA